UGAUAGACAAGUGUCGCCGAAGGAUCCCAUAUAUUGUCAGGAGGAGAGUUGAGACGAGCUGCAUCCUCCGGUUCUCCUUCUCAAGUUCUGUGGCUCUGAGCAGCGAAGGAUACGUCUUCGAGGUAUUCUUCGAGCUUGCCUGCUUCUCCGAUCGACCUCGCUGGCCGCCGAUGCGAAGAAGCAAAUCGUGCUUGUGUUGUGUGCCCAUGGGAACGGCGGCGCUGCCCAUUGAGACGCCCUUCGCUCUUCCGGCUGCGCUGCCGUCGUGGCCCGCGUCAGUUUCAGAUGGAGGAUUUGCAAAGGGCAGCAUAGACCUUGGAGGCCUAGAGGUGCGCCAGGUCACCACAUUCGCCAAGGUCUGGUCCACCGCGCAAGGCGGUCAAGACGGCGUCGGCGCCACCUUCUUCAAGCCGUCGCCGGUCCCUGCCGGCUUCUCCAUGCUCGGGCACUACGCACAACCCAACAACCGGCCGCUCUUCGGCCACGUCCUCGUCGGUCGGGACACUUCCGGCACGGGAGCACUCCUUGCCGCGCCCGUGGACUAUACCCUCGUCUGGUCCAGCCCGGACGGCACCGGCUUCUUUUGGCUCCCCACGGCGCCCGAAGGUUACAAGGCGGUUGGCGCGGUGGUCGCGACCACGUCGGACAAGCCUUCGCUCGACGAGGUCCGGUGCGUCCGCGCUGACUUCACGGACGCGUGCGAGUCCGAGGAGUCGGUGUGGAGCAGCGACAAGGAUGGCUUCAGCGCUGCCACCCUGAGGCCGGCGGUCCGUGGCAUCGACGCCCGCGGCGUGCACACCGGCACAUUCAUCGCUCAGAGCAGCGCGAUGCCGGCGAGCGCCUCAACGUUGGCGUGUCUGAAGAAUAACAGCCCGAGUUACACGUCCGGCAUGCCUGACCUGCCCCAGGUGAACGCCAUCCUCGCGGCCUACGCGCCGCAGGUGUACCUGCACCCGGACGAGCCCUACUUCCCUUCGUCGGUGACGUGGUUCUUCGAGAACGGCUCCCUGCUGUACCAGAAGGGCAACCAGAGCCCGACGUCUGUGGCCGCCGACGGGUCGAACCUCCCGCAAGGUGGCGGCAACGACGGCGGGUACUGGCUCGACCUGCCGGUGGACAAGAACCAGAAGGAGAAGGUCAAGAAGGGCGACCUCGCCAGCGCGAAGGCAUACGUGCAGGCGAAGCCGAUGCUCUGUGGGACGGCGACCGACCUCGUGGUCUGGUUUUUCUACCCGUUCAACGGGCCGGCACGGGCCAAGGUUGGCCUCCUCACGAUCCCGCUCGGCAAGAUUGGCGAGCACGUCGGCGACUGGGAGCAUCUUACGCUGCGCGUGAGCAACUUCUCCGGCGAGCUCCUCCGGAUGUACUUCUCGCAGCACAGCGCGGGCACCUGGGUGGACGCGUCGCAGCUCGAGUACCUCGACAACAGGCCGGUGGCGUACGCGUCACUGCACGGGCACGCGUUCUACCCGAGGGCGGGGCUGGUGCUGCAGGGGGACUCGAGGCUCGGGGUCGGGAUCCGGAACGACUGCGCCAGGGGGAGCAGGCUGGACACCAGCGGCGCCGGGCGGUGCGAGGUGGUGUCGGCGGAGUACCUCGGCGCGGCCGUGGCCGAGCCGGCGUGGCUCGGGUUCGAGCGCGAGUGGGGGCCGAGGGAGGAGUACGACAUCGGGCGCGAGAUCAACCGCGCCGCGCGGAUCCUGCCGCGCGCGGUGCGGGAGCGGCUGAGCCAGCUGGUGAACAAGCUGUUCGUCGGGGAAGGGCCGACGGGGCCCAAGAUGCAUGGCAACUGGAGAAACGACGAGAAGGAGUCAUGAGCCCUUGGCGAGCGACGACCCUUGCAUGGCACCGUUCCUAACGUCACCUACUCGCUGACCGUACGAUUCAUGAGGUAUAUACCGAUCAGACGGUUAGGGAUCGAUGGGGCACUCGUGUAAGGGUUUGCUGGGGAUUAGUAAAGGCUGUUUCAUACGCACGUAGCGUGGAUAUUGUUGUUUGUAAAUGUUCAUAUAUUGUGUUAGAUCUCAAAUCAUAUGUACGUGUGACUUAUCUUGUUUGUCUAUUUUUCUUACCUGAUA